AUGCUUAUGAGGUUACUGUCUUGCAGAAGACCCCUAGGUUCCUUUAUCGUCUAUUGUAUUUUUUUCUUUUUCCAAUGUGUGUUUUUUGAAAUCUUUUGGAUUUUCUAUUUCUUUUGCCGUUGUUAUGUCUACCGGUUUUUACAUGCUUUUUUUUUCUUGUCUCACUCUUUAUGGAUACAUGAAGAAGAAGAAAAAAAAGAGGGUGAGUUUGCGCGUGCGUGUGUGUGGAGGAAACAAAUGUUGACGGGAUUAGGGACUUGGGAGUCCGCUGUGGACUCCGUGGAGGCGCAGGACCAGCAGCCGAAAAAAAAGCGCGGAGGCGGGUUUCAAAGCUUUGGACUGGACAAGCCGGUGCUUGACGGUGUGCUGCGACUUGGGUACAACGUACCGACGCCCAUCCAGCGUAAAGCCAUUCCACCGAUGACUCAGGGAAGCGACGUGGUAGCCAUGGCCCGCACGGGAUCCGGAAAGACGGCGGCAUUUCUCAUUCCCAUGUUGAACCUUUUGAAGUCGCACAGCAAGACGGUGGGUAUUCGUGGACUGGUUCUCGCUCCAACGCGUGAACUGAGUUUGCAGAUCCUACGCUUUGGUAUUCAGUUGAACAAGUUUCUUGACCUCCGCUUUGCGGCGCUGGUCGGUGGAAACUCGCUUGAGCAACAGUUCGAGUUGCUCGGAUCGAAUCCUGACAUUGUGGUCGCCACACCGGGUCGUUUACUUCACAUCAUGGAAGAGGCCUCCUUGAAGCUGAGCAUGGUGAAAUGUCUGGUGUUAGAUGAGGCCGACCGCCUGUUUGAACUCGGACUGCAGCCGCAGAUAGUCGCGGUUAUGCAGAAGGUGCCAGAUGCGUGUCAACGUGCACUUUUUUCAGCCACAAUGCCAAGUGUAUUGGCAGAAUUUACUAGCGCAGGACUCCACAACCCUGUGGUCAUUCGUUUGGAUGCGGAAAUGAAACUAAGCGAUAAACUGAAGCAAAGUGCCUUCUUUGUCCGUAACGAUGAGAAAGUGGCUGCUCUCAUCGUGCUGCUUAAAAAGGUCAUUGGAGUGGCGGCAGGUGACACGAACGAUGGUACAGCCCAACAGGCUCUCAUUUUUGUUGAGUCAAAGUUUCAUGUGGAUUAUUUACAAAUGAUCAUGGAAGCAUAUCUUAUCUCUUGUAGCGCAGUACAUGGUCAAAUGGACCAGGAGGCGCGGCGUAAUGCUGUGCAGGCGUUCUCAAGGCGUGAAACUCACGUUAUGAUUGUAACUGACGUUGCCGCGCGCGGUCUUGAUCUUCCACUGCUGGACAACGUUGUGAACUUUUCAUUCCCAUCCACACCGAAGCUGUUUGUGCAUCGCGUUGGCCGUGUGGCGCGCGCUGGCCGUUCGGGUGCGGCGUAUUCAUUCCUCACCUUUGAAGACUUUCCGUACUACGUCGACCUCAUGGCGUUUAUUGAUCGUCCACUGCAGUGUCGACGAACCGAGGGUGACUUACUUUUCACGGCUGAUGAUGGCUGCUUUGGACGCAUGCCGGAGGAAGACUUGCAGUUGGAGCUCGACUUCUUGCGUCGCCUCGCUCUGGAGGAUGUGGAGGUGAGGAACAUGGCGAAAGUCGUCGACAAUGCUCACAAGAAGUUUACACGCACCAAGAAGAAGGCAACUCACGACGGCAUUCAAGAGGCAAGGCAGGAGAAGUACCAGUUUGACAACACACCUCUGCAUCCUAUUUUUGUGGAGCGUCUGGAGGCGAAGCGCAUUGCAGCCGAUGAAGCGCGGUUUGAUCUAAAGCGUUUCAAGGCGAAGGAAUCCGUCCUUGAGAUGAUUCACGGCGAAAAGAUGUUUCAAAUCAUGAAGCCUGUAACCAUUCAAACCCUCUGGAAAGAGCAACGAGAGCAAGCGGAAGAAGACGACGCGGCAACGGGAAAAGGAGCAGCGGAAGAAGAGCCACAGAAGAGCGACCGUGCAAAGAUUACGAAAAGAGAUGUGACGGUGCCGGAAAAGAAGUUAUCCCUGGGAGAAAAACUGCUUUUGAAGGCACAGGAGCGGAAAAAACGGGAACGACAAGAAAUGGACGGUGCAACCAACGAGGAAGACGCUGUCACUGUGUGUCCCACGCGGGGUAUGCACCGUUUUGAGUCGGAAUACGGUGGAGGGAGCGGGAAGUAUCGCGACCAGGAUUAUUUUAUGGACACCACGAAGCGCAGCACUAUGGAGGAUGCGCACUAUUCUGUGAAGGACGCAACUUUUGACGUGGGUGCUGAGAGUGCACAAGAGGCGCAACAACAACGCCAAGUGUACGCGUGGAGUAAGAAGAAGAAUCGCUUUGUACGAAUGAAUGUCAAUGACGCAAAGGCCAUGUUACGCGGCGUAAAAAAUGAGGCAGGGAAAGCAGUGAACUUUAAAUCGAAGCUGGAGGCCUACUCACGGUGGAUGAAGAAGAGCAAUAUGCGUAUUCAAGACGUUGGGGAAGAAGAAGAUCUUGGACCUCUCCAUCGUGCCAGGGCCGCACAAGAGCAGGGCACCGGCGGCUAUAACCAUGACGGUGAUGAUGAUGAUGACACAGUAGACAUCAGUGAUCCAAAUCAGGGGAAGAAACUUCGGGUUGGUCGCAAGCAACGUCGUCUGCCAAAGGACGGGCACAUUCGAACCUUUGAGGAGAUGGCGCACAUCAAACGCAAGGCAGAAAAAGAGCGGGCCCGUCUGUCACGCAAGAAGCAAAAGCGAAAGAGCAAGUAG